CUGAGCCCCCCGGGGUGCGGCCCCCACCCACACUGCUCCUCCCCGUUCACGGUGCCACUGGAGGGGGGCUGGGCGCUAGAGCUGGGAGACUGACCGUUCUCUUUGCUUUCUCUGUCUCCGUGCGUCUGUCUGUCUUUCUCUCAGCAGGUCGUCUGCACUGUCCUUUCAUAAAGACACCUGACAGUGGGCCGCCUUCCUCCUCCUCCUCCUCUUCCUCCCCCCCGCGGACCCCCUUCCCCUAUGUCACCUGCCACCGCACACCAAACCUCUCCUCCUUCUUCCCAUGCAGCCAGUCGGACGCUCACAGAAAGGCCUCGGCCGUGGGCUGCAGCCCCUGUGACUCCAGCCCGGCCUCCACACCCGUCGGGGAGCAGAUCGAGAGGGCUCUGGACGAAGUGACGCAGCAGGCCCCGUGGAAAGACUCGCCCGGACCCAGCAGCGAGGCGCCAGCGCCGCUGAUGGCAGACGAGCUGCCUGGGGGCCCUGAGUGGACAGCAGAGCAGGGGGGCGGGCUGGGCCCCACCGAGGACCUUGUGUUCCUGGAGCCCAGAGAGCCGCUGCUGUUCCCCGUGGCCGUGCUGCCCGCAGAGGGCGAGUCCUCGGGCCCCGCGCAGCCCCCCGGCCCCAGCCCCGAGAGCCUUAUCGACCUGUGGCAGAACGACAGCACCACCCCGCCCGCUGCCUGGGAGCUGGCCACACCUGCGCCGUCGGGGCCCCCUGCGCCCCUCCUGGUGGAGGUGGACGUGCCCCCAGCCACCCCCGCGGCCCCCGCCCCCCCUGACGACAACCUGCUGAACUUCGACGAGCUGCCCGAGCCACCGGCCACCUUCUGCGACGCGGAGCAGGACGAGGAGCCGGCCAGCCUCAUUGCCAUGGAGGGGCCGCACCAGAUGACGCUCAGCUACCAGCAUGCCCUGCAGGAGGCGGCUGGCGGGCAGCAGGACCCCGAGCCCCAGCUGCUGACCAACGGAGAGAUGGCCCAGAAGGAAGGGGUGCAGGCCAGCGAGGGCUACUUCAGCCAGUCGCAGGACGAAGAGUUCGGCCAGGUGGAGACGUCUGCCAAAACUCCUCCUGCUGUGUUCUACGCCAAGCCCCCCGAGAUCGACAUCACCUGCUGGGAUGCCGACCCGGUGCCUGAGGACGAGGAGAGCUUUGGGGGCAGCGUCUAAGGCUGGGCCCUGUGCGCGUCAGACCCCCGGGACCGCCACCGUGAGAUCCCAGCAGUGCAAGACGGCCACAGCGAGGGGCCCAGCCCCAUCCCUCUCCGUCUGCGUGUGCCCCUGGGCCCGGCUGGACGGGCCAGUCCCGAGGCACCCCUGCCCCCGCAGGGCAACUUUUACAGCUUUCCUCUCUCUCUCUCUCUCUCUUUUUUAAAAGUUGUCUCACUAGGAGCCAUGUGGGUCCGCCCGCCCCCUUUCCCUCGUAGUUCCCUGCUCCCCCACCCUGCUGCUCCUGCCUCUUUGCGUUGAGCUUGUAUAUUUCUGCGCGCCCCUCAGCUCCCCCGACCCUGGUGCCCUGAGGGAGGCUGGGCAGCUGGUGCUCUGUGCAUGGGGCAGGGGCCUCGUUCGCCUCUCCCCCGCCGGCUCUGCCCAGAGCCCUGAGAACUUUGCACGAAUCAAAAAUAAAUAUGGCAAUAAAAUGACCCUGUGUGGGUGCGGCUCUGGCUGGCUGCAGCCCCCCUCACUUCAGCUGCGCCCCAAGGUGCUUGUGCAGCCGCCCCCCGCCGGGAAGGUGUUACGCACCCCUAGGGUGGGGGCUGGGAGAGAGCUAGUGCCAGGCUGUCUCAGCUGCAAGGACCCUGCCAAUCUCAGUAGGAGACUAUGGGGCGACCCCCCAGACUGUCAGCCCCCCGCACCCCCCCUGCUUUGUCCCCCCUUGCUUGGUCCCCUUCUCAAGUACAGUAACUGGUUUUUUUGAAAGCACAAAUUGUGUAUUGGCAACGUGCUAAUGUAUGUUAAUAAAUAAAUCGCCUCCACCCUG